AUGGAAUCAUCGUUAUUCGAGGGUUUUUGCACUGGUGGCGAAAUAUUGACGAAACAUGCAGAUCGUUGGCGUAAAAUAAGCUUCGGUGUUCCUGUGUUCGAUCGCCUCACGGGUGGUGGCAUUUCCUGCAGAGGAAUUUUUGAAUUGGCUGGAGAUCCUGGUUCCGGUAAAACACAGAUUGCUUUGAAACUGGCGUUAACAGCCCAAAGCGAGGUUCCGGAUUCCUCCGUGGUGUACAUAUGUACGGAGCAUAUGUUUCCCUCCAGCAGGCUUUUGCAGAUGGAAGCAGAAUUUAAACGCCAAUAUCCCUACGACGACACAGUACAAGCUCAUAACUUUGCGGAUCAUAUACUAGUGGAACAUGUUCGAUGUGUGCCUACUUUAAUAGCGUGUCUAUUCGACCGGUUACCUAAACUUUUAGAAAAAACAAAGAUCAGUGUGCUUAUCAUCGAUUCAAUCACAAGUCCAUUCGUAGAGGAGAAAAAUUACAUAUUACGUGCCGAAACGUUCCGUUCGAUAGUGUACCGCUUGCAGCACCUUCAAGAGCAUCACAACUUUGCCACAUUUGUCACAAAUCAGGUCCGGGCGGUGAUUAAUUCUGCUACGCUCGACGAUCAACGAAUCGUCCCGGCGCUUGGACUGGCCUGGAGCACAUUGGUGCACACACGGUUGCAGCUUUUCCGAAAAAUGAACUCGAACGAACGCCGUUGUUGCGUUGUGUUUGGACCUUCUUUGCCACCGAAACUAGGAUACUACGAAAUCAACGAGUCGGGCCCGGUUGAUGCUCGUUAG